AUGGAGAAAUCAAAGACACCUCAAGUCUCUCACCCCUCGCAAUUUUCAUCCGCGAUAUUUUCAGUCACUCUCGCAAUUUGUUUCGUGGCGCUGAUUCACGUCGAGAUCGAAAUUCAUGUUCAUCGUCAAAUGCUUCAAGUGUAAAAUCAAGAGAGAGAAGACAGCAUCGAGUUCCCAUCGAGUUGCGAAAAGUAGUCGAUCGUCAUGAAAAAACCAUCGAUUCUGCGUUGGAGAUGAUGCAGAGCGGAUCACCUACAGGUAAUUGUAUUCUUAUUAAACUAUCCAUCGUCUUCAAUUUUUCUCAAUUUUUAACAUCCAUAUGCAAUUUAAAAAAGAAUCAAAAGAUUAAUUAAUUUAAAGUAAAAUUGAAUCAUUUAAGCUCAGAGAAAAAACAACCUUUUUUUAAGAAAAAGGUGAUUGCAAUUUUUGGCUGACUUAGUUCAUACGUGCUGAUCAAAGCGGCAGUAUUCCUAAAUAAUUUUUUUGCUCUCUUUGCACGCUCUUUUGAAAGAGAAGGGAAAAGGAAGUUACUGCCAUUCAGCACUAUUCCUGUAAAGCUGAGGCGGUUGCAUUUAGGAAGGAUUUGAUUAACACUUCCUGUUUAUCUGAAACUCUGUCAGACUGAUUAAAAUCUUCUAAGGCCCACAUUGCACGAAACAAGAAAAGGAACACCAGCAGUUGACCUUUCCACAAAAAUAGAAUGUUACAUCCUAAGGAACCAUUCUUUAAGACUACGUAACGUAGGAGAAUGAAAGAGGGUUGAAUGUAUGCGUGUGUUAUGGGGGGGGGGGAAGGCCGCUGUGGGCAUGGCUUACCAGCAGAACUUGAGAGAGUAAUCAUAAAUCUUUUUGUUAGCCGUGGCCCCAGUCACCUCAAUCAUAGGUGAAGUAUUAAAGAGUUGAAUUUGUGUUUGCUAAUGAAGAUUAAGGAUCUGGAGGUCCGGGAUUCAAGUCGCGUUGUUUCCUUAGACAAGGUACUUUGCUCCACUUUCUCUCUCCUCGUCCAGGAGUACAAAUGGGUACCAGCAACGCAGUUGCUCGGGGGGCGUACUCCCUAUAAUGGCCUAUACAGGGAGGUUCCGCCCGAAAGGGGUACCUUUGUCAGGCCUCAGGUAUACGAAAGGGUAGGGAUUUUACUCGUUGAAGUAUACGAAAGGGUCUGUGAAAGGGCCUAAAAGAGCUAACAGAUGAAUUUUGUGGCUUUAUAAAGUCGAGAAAACGUUCUACUUUUGUGAUUGAUUCCUAUUUAAAAGACCGUGCAUUUACAACAGCUAAAAGAGGUGCAAAGUUCUAAAAAAGGUAUGUGAAAGGGGUAUCCUUUCUCAAUAGAAGGUACACAAAAGGAAUACCUUUUUCUGUCAAAAAUGGUAUAUAAAAGGGUAAGGGGUUGGACCUCGGGGCGGAGCCUCCCCGACUAAAAAUUUGUUGAGUACCCCCACCCCCCGGGCACAGUUGUCCCUUUCGUAAACGGUCGCUGCCAUUUUUAAGACUCUUAGGGCUGAUUUCCAGGAUCGCGUAAUUUUUACAUGCGUACGUGUGUAAAAUUUACUUUCGCAAAUAAAAUAGAGGCAAUGCACCAAAGGUCGCUCGUAAGCGUAAAAGUUGAACCUCGCUCAGCUUGUCGUUUAAGCUCAGCACUUUUUUCUCUUGCCUCUAUUUUAUUUAAGCGAUUAAAAUUUACGUGCGUUAACGUGUGUAGCCAAAAACGCGUCAGUGGAAAUCAACCUUUAGAGAUUUGUGACCUGUUAUUGAAAGCUUUUCUGUCAAUAAGAAAGAAAAUCGCAAACCAGGGUCCUACCUGGACACCGAACCCACACCUUUCGUAUCCUAAUCUCUCUCCCUUACCACUACAUUGCCACACCCAGCCCGCCAAAAUUCCGAAAAAAAUUAAGUACAUACACUAGCAAACGGUUUUUCUUAACUGUUACUUCAAUAACGGGUGACCCUAUCCCUUUCCAUAAUUUUUAACGUAAAUUCAACUUGGGAUUCAACUUCGUUCUUUCUAAGGCUAUUCAAAAACGUAUUAUUUGUCUUAUUGCAACUUACGGGGUGUAUAUUACAUCCAUCAUGACUAAAGGCUUGGUUACCAAUGGUGGCAUCGACCGUUUACGAAAGGGAAAUAGGCACUGGCGACAUGCUGCUCACAUGGGGGUAACGCUGCGAUGGACUAGCAAUACUCCUAGGCAUGCUUCAUGCUAAAAAAAAAAAAAACCGGGAUAACUCCGGCCGUUUGGGCCUUUGGCUCGUGUGAGCCUUUACUUUUACCUUCUUUGAAGAUUAAGGCCCUUGCUCCCAAAGAACUGAUUUGCUGAUUUCAUUGCAUUUCAGAUGCACACAUCCGUCAAAAACGCCAUGUGCAAAACAAGGAUUCAAACGCAAGUGAAACCUUCACAAGAAAAGAAAUUCAAAUGGCCUGUACAAUUCAUUGUCCGAAAGGAAUCAGGGGACGCCGAGGCAGGCCUGGUCCUCCAGGCAAGCUUGGUCAGCCAGGGCCUCAGGGAAAUCGUGGCAGACCUGGUCCCGCAGGCAAGCAUGGUCCGCCUGGGCCCUAGGAAUCACAGGGCCCUAAAGGUUCUCAGGGAGAUCAGGGGGCCCCUGGACCUAGGGGCGACCAGGGCCCUCAAGGACCCAAGGGCGAUCCUGGUGAAUCCAUCUCAGCUCCUUCUAUUGUGACAUCCCCUGUUUCCACGGUGGUAAACGAAACUGAUGUAGCUUCACUGCAGUGUGAGGUUAAAGGAAAUCCUGUUCCUCAAAUUACAUGGCUUAAAGAAAAUACCAGUCUUCCAGCCGACAAACGAAUUGUACAAUCUCGUGGGGGUUUAAUGGUUAAGGAUGUGACGUCACAAGAUGGUGGAGUGUACACGUGCGUAGCAAGCAACAUUCUUGGAUUAAUAACAAAAUCGACCACGUUAACUGUCCAAGGUAACAUGCUCCUCCUUCGUUUCUUAUUGGAAAAUUCAUGGAUUAGAAGCUAUUAAUGAGAAAUCAAAUUCCAUUACAUGAUAUAUUUUCACUUUAAAAUUAGGCGUAUUAAUAGUCAACGACGUCUGUUAAAUUCCUCAUAAACAAUUAUUCACAGUCUACUAAUAAUAAUGAGUCGCGUCAAAAAUGCCUGUUUUUAGCGAAUAGAGCGGUAAUUGGGCUAUAAAUACAACUUCGACUAUAAUUUCCUGUUAUACAAAGGGGAUUCUACUGAAGACGAUUUGGAACGAUGAUUUUUAAGACAACAAUGUUGGCACAAUUCGAAGAAUUUUCUCGCAAUGUUGCAACGCUGUAUUGCCUUGAAAAUUAUCGUUGUGAAUCGUCCCGUGUAACAUCGCUCAGGAGAAAAUAAUGCGACCAAAACCGUUAUCGGUAGAUUCUAGGUUCGGCUCUAAUCAAGGGAACUCGGAGGCGUUUUCCCAGAAUCCUCUGUUUUGAUUUACUUGUAACUUGUUUUUAUUUUCUUGGCUUAUUAUAUUUCUUCAUUACUUUACAGUUGCUGCCUUAAUCAAUCAAAAACCCUCGUCUAUUGUUGCUGAAGUAGGGGAAAACGUGAGGUUGCAGUGUAAAGCUACAGGUCUUCCAAUACCAACGAUCACGUGGCGGAGGGCGUUUGGUUCCUUACCAAGAGGGAAGACUGCAGUGGAUGAUGGGAAAUUGACAAUUCGUAACAUAGCUAAAGCUGAUAGUGGGGAUUACGCAUGCUCAGCAAAGAAUUUUCUCGGACAGGACUUUGUUGUCGCUCAAUUAAUAGUGAUUGACAGGCUUACAUUUACCCUUACUCCUCCCCGGAAAGUUACUGUAUCACAGUCACGAAACUUGUUGUUAAACUGUGCAGCUCAAGGAAACACAGAGAUCACGUGGAAAAGAACUGGAAAAGUCUUACCUCAUAGUCACGUGAUUUAUUCUAAUGCAACUUUGCUGCUCAGCAGCGUGGUUACAAACGAUGCCGGAACAUAUUCUUGCGUGGCCAAGAACGCACUUCGUUCUGUCGAGACUACUACUGUUGUUGAAGUGUACAACAAACCUUUGUCCUGUAGCAGUAUAAAAUCAGGCCGCAGUGGAAGCUCUUCAGGUAAUUAUAUUAUUGACCCUGAUGGCAAAGGAGGCGUGGCUCCGUUCAGUGUGUUUUGUGAUAUGAGUGACAAGGCAGGAGUUGGCGUGACAGUCAUAAGUCACGACAGUGAGAGUAGAACUCAUGUGAAUAGCGUCAGUCCUGGAUGUGUUAAUGCAGGUUGUUACAGGAAAGAUGUGACCUACACUGGAGUUAGCACAGCUCAGUUGGCAGCACUCACUCGAGUCUCACAGAACUGUGAACAGUUUAUCAAGUUUGAAUGCAAUAAUGACGUACUUUUUGUUGAGGAUCGUUAUGCCUGGUGGGUGUCACGUGACGGAACACGCAUGAACUACUGGGGUGGAGCUACAGGAUAUAACUUCAUGUGCGCAUGCGGAGUAACAAACUCUUGCUCCAAUGGUAACAAUUGUAAUUGUUACAACGACAGAAUUGAUAGCGGUUGGAGAGCGGACAGCGGUCUACUGACAGACAAGUCUUCUCUUCCUGUGACUCAGAUCAGACUGGGAGACUUGAAUCAAUCCCGAGGAAGGUUAUCACACAUUAGGCAAACUCAAAUGUUAUGGACAGGC